AAGCAAAAUCCAAAAUGUCGGGGGAGGUGUAUCUCCUGUGGCUGCUCUCGCUCUUACAAACGGUGUCGGCGUACGGUGCCGACCUGUCGUCAGAGGCAUGCAGGGAGCUGGGCUUCUCCAGCAACCUGCUGUGCAGCUCCUGCGACCUGCUCGGGGAGUUCAGCCUCACCAAGAUCCAGCCUGACUGCCAACAGUGCUGCCAGCAGGAGGCCCAGAUGGAAGCGCGCAAGCUUUACGCUGGAGCCAUCCUCGAGGUGUGUGGAUGAAAAUUGGGGAGGUUCCCCCAAGUCCAAGCUUUUGUCAGGAGUGAUAAGCCAAAGAUGUUCAAGGGUCUUCAGAUCAAGUAUGUCAGAGGCUCAGAUCCUGUACUAAAGCUUUUGGACGAUAACGGGAACAUCGCUGAAGAACUCAGCAUCCUCAAGUGGAACACAGACAGCGUGGAGGAGUUUCUUAGUGAGAAAUUAGAACAGAUAUAGACACAACUCCAAUUUUCUUUUUUAAUUUGAAGUCUUUACUGAAAGGAUAUCCUCGAAAGUACAAACGAAAAACAUAUUUCACAACUUGCUCUUUUAUAAAACUGCAGAUAGUUUGUCUUUUAUGUGCUGAAGCUGUAAGAUGUGUGCCUCCUCUGCUCAGGUGAAUGACAUUUUGUUUUUGGCUCUCACAGGGCAGAAAAAGUCUAAAUAUCUAAAAUAUUCACCAGCAACUCGUCUUUGCUGAAGCUGUCUCCUGAUAAAUGCUGAUCAACCACCUCCCGCCCUCAAAUGAAUACUCUCAGCAGCAUUAAUUUGAACUAACUUAUACUAAAUAAAAUGGUCCAAAUGAAAACUGAGAAGCUGAGAAACAGCUUCAGUAAAUCUCUGCGGCUGUAAAUGUAAUAAAGAGACAGAUCUUUAAUGCUUGAGCAAAUUAAAUGGAAAAUGUAUCUGCUUGGUUUGAGACUAAAGGAGCAAGUUGUAAAAGCUUUCUUGUACUUUGAGGGAUCUGACCAUAAUUACCUACCAAUUUGUACUGAACUGGGCCUUGAUAGAUGGUUGUUGAAUAACUGUUCUCUAUGACCGUUUUUGUAUCUGAAGAAUGAAUAUCUUGUCUAAAUUUGACCAAAUAUCUUCUAUGAGUGUGUGAAACGAUAUCACAGAGUCCAGAGGAGCAGCACACCCUUAAAUACUGAUCUAAAUCAUAGAUGAUAUUUUGUUCCUUUGGUUUGAGAAGACAUUCGUACAUCAGGACCCGUUUUGUUGUCCCUCUGUGGGAGUCCCUGUCUGUCUGAUAUUCUUGUAUGAUUAUUUUUUAUAACGCUCAAUAUGACUGAAUUAAUCCCAGUUGCUUUUCCAAAAGCAGAUGUUUUAUGCAGAGGCACAUGUUUGUGAAGAGCUCACAGUAAACCAGUUUUGGGAUGUGAGAUCUGAUGUACCUUUGUGUUUUUCUGCAUCUUCUGCUUUGGAGAGAAACUGGAUUUAUUUUGGUUGCUUUUUGAGGUGGAGGUUGAAAUAUGCAACAAUAAAUAAAGUCUCUUGAGAUGGA